AUGAUUGUGAUUCUUGCUCGCAAUUCUGAACACAGUCUCCCCUAUUACCUGGGCUGCAUCGAACGCUUGGACUAUCCAAAGGACAGAAUCGCUAUCUGGGCUGCCACCGACCAUAAUUCCGAAAACACCGCAGCCAUGCUGCAGGAGUGGCUGUCACGGAUAGAGGGCCUGUACCACUCUGUACACUUCAGGACCAUCGAGGAUGAGAGGAGUUCUUAUGUGGACGAACUGGGUCCAAAGCAAUGGCCAGACUCUAGAUUCACCCAUGUGAUGAAGCUGAGGCAAGCUGCUCUCCGAUCAGCUCGGGCACAGUGGGCUGACUACAUCCUGUUUGCAGACAGCGAUAACUUGUUGACAAACCCCAGAGUGCUUUCCCAGCUGAUGGCUGAGAACCGCACGCUAGUGGCCCCCAUGUUGGAGUCUAGGACACUCUACUCCAAUUUCUGGUGUGGCAUGACCUCACAGGGCUAUUAUAAGAGAACGGAAGAGUACAUCCCCAUUCGGAACCGGAAGCGCACAGGCUGCCAUGCCGUCCCCAUGAUUCACUCCACCAUGCUGCUGGACCUGCGUCGCAAGGCCAGCCGGGCUCUGACUUUCUACCCAGCUCACCGCCACUAUCUCUGGGCUCUGGAUGACAUCAUGGUUUUCUCCUUCUCAGCACGGCAGGCAGGUGUGCAAAUGUUUGUGUGUAACUGGGAGCACUAUGGCUACCUGCCCGUACCAUUGCGGUCACAGCAGACUCUGGAAGAGGAAGUGGACAGCUUCGUCCACACACUCACAGAGGCAAUGCUUGAGGUUACUUUGGAGCCUUCAUAUUACCUGAACAUCCCUCCCAGAAACAAAGACAGAAUGGCAUUCAGUGAGAUAUAUGUGAUUAAUCUGAAAAGGCGGGUGGACCGCCGAGAGCGAAUGUUGCGCACAUUGGAGGUGUUGGGUAUUGAAGUCACUUUCACAGACGCUGUGGAUGGCAAAGCCCUGAACUCCUCUCAGCUCCUUGCGCUAGGGAUUGAGAUGUUGCCUGGCUACAAAGACCCCUACUCCAACCGUGUGUUAACCAGAGGAGAGAUUGGCUGCUUCCUCAGCCACUACAACAUCUGGACUCAGGUGCUGGCCCGCCAGCAGCAGCAGACGCUUGUGCUGGAAGAUGACAUCCGAUUUGAGCCCGACUUCAAGAGCCGCCUGAAGGCGAUCAUGUCGGACGUCCAGCGUGCACGACUAGACUGGGAUCUGAUAUAUGUGGGACGUAAGCGGUUGCAGGUGAAGCAUCCAGAGAGCUGGGUGCAGGGGCUAAAGAACCUAGUUAAGCCUGACUACUCCUAUUGGACUCUGGGUUAUGUCCUCUCCCUUCAGGGUGCUAAGAAACUGUUGGAUGCCAAACCCUUGGGCAAAAUGCUGCCAGUUGAUGAGUUCCUGCCUGUCAUGUUCAACAAGCACCCCAAGGAAGAGUACAUGGCUUACUUUGAGAAGAGGAACCUGCUGGCAUUCUCAGUGGAACCUCUCCUCCUGUACCCCACCCACUACACGGGCGAACCUGGCUACGUCAGCGACACAGAGACUUCCACUAUCUGGGAUGACGAGAGCAUAGGCACCGACUGGGACCAAGCGAAAGAAUAAAAAAAAAAAGAAAAGAAAGAAAGAAAGAAAGAGAGAGAGAGAGAGGAAAAGGCCAACCUACGUUUACGUACAUGUUCAGAAACAAAGAAAUUAUCACCAUUUGACUUGUUGCCCUUAUCAAAGUGGCGUAAGCCACUGUGUGCCAGAUAACUGCCAGCAGCUACCUGCAGGAGUCCUUGCACUGUACGAUACGCACUGGCGCGCCACGUGAAUUCAAGUUAGCACAGAUGCUAGCACGCAAGAAGACAGACAUCAAACAGGCCAUAUUAAAAGCAUCAAACAGAAGACGACGACACUGGACAAAAUAUGUAAAUGAGGCGAUAGACGAAGCUUCUGUACCCAGAAUUUGAUCAACUGACUGAUGUUUGAUUUAAGAAGAGACUUGAAAGUACAGAGGUAAAAAAAAAUAAAAAUAAAAAAUAAAAAUAAAAAAUGAAAUGGACAAUUCUUGCAUAAACAAGUCCAUUUUUUCCCUUUCUCGCACUUGUCCAAGCACUUGGAAAAAGGUGCAUACUGAAACUAAAGCAUUGGUUUUAUUAUUGUGACAGGUCUUGAUCCAAUUCCACAGUGUUUCUUUUUAGCAGUACAAUUAUACAGUGCUGCCCAUCACACUAGCAGACAAAUACCAUCAUCAUCAACAGCUAUAAGAAAAAGUGCAAUAUUGCAUGUGUAUUUUCUUUAGUUGAGGAAGAUAAAAUGCCCUAUGGCAAACAUUACCUGUAGAAAAUGUAUGACAGUAAACAGUGGUGCAAAAUAAGUUGGAUAGAAUUAAGGCUUUCUGAAAUUCCUGAUGUGUUAUAUUGUUCUCUCUGAGAUAGAUGCAAAGUGUCCACUUGAGGGACAGCUUGGAGAGACUGCUUCUCUCUGCUACGUACAUAUCGAUGCAAGACUUGCAACACACAUACAUACAAAAAACAAACAAACAAAAAAAACAAGCAAGCAGCACUAUCCUAUCCAUUAGAGCAAGUGUUUACUUUGUAACCCCUAAGAUAAGGUCUAAAACCCAACACGCAUCACUCCUUGUAAUUUAUAUAACAUCUCUACUGUAGAAGC